AUGGAGGAAAGGCGGACAGGGGGGCUGGAGAGGGACUGCCCUCGUAGGGGCGGCAAAGAUAGGUCGCCGAGGGGAGCAAGGGGAAGAGUGGAGGCACGAGCGGCGGGACGACGGGCUGCUGACCACCACUCUGGUUGGACCGCCCGAGAAGAGACAAGUUGGCGGCAUUGGCCAAUCAGACGCCGUGCGACCAUGCAGAGACCCGCCCUGCCAUGGCCUCUGCGCGUUCGUGCGAACUGGUAUGCGCAACGGAACCCCUCCAAGAGUCCGGAUUUAGCACCACAGCGUCGCAGCGCGCCGAUCCGGCUGACGUCGAGGCUCCAGAAAGAGCAGCUGGCUAUUAACUGCCGUAAAAGAUACGUCGACUGUGGGCGUCCAUCCAGCUGCCCAUGCAGCUGUGUGGCUUUAUUGGGUGCAGAUUUAGGCUGGCAAGAUCCUUCCGAGGCAUGGCAGCCCACCGAUGGUGGUCUGGACGGUGGCGUGGCCCAGAACAAGGUGGACUAG